AGGAAUUCCUCCGGAAGUUCCUCCAGGAAUUCCUCCGGAAGUUCCUCCAGAAAUUCCUCCGGAAGUUCCUCCAGAAAUUCCUCCGGAAGUUCCUCCAGGAAUUCCUCCGGAAGUUCCUCCAGGAAUUCCUCCGGAAGUUCCUCCAGGAAUUCCUCCGGAAGUUCCUCCAGGAAUUCCUCCGGAAGUUCCUCCAGGAAUUCCUCCGGAAGUUCCUCCAGGAAUUCCUCCGGAAGUUCCUCCAGGAAUUCCUCCGGAAGUUCCUCCAGGAAUUCCUCCGGAAGUUCCUCCAGGAAUUCCUCCGGAAGUUCCUCCAGGAAUUCCUCCGGAAGUUCCUCCAGGAAUUCCUCCGGAAGUUCCUCCAGGAAUUCCUCCGGAAGUUCCUCCAGGAAUUCCUCCGGAAGUUCCUGCAGGAAUUCCUCCGGAAGUUCCUCCAGGAAUUCCUCCGGAAGUUCCUCCAGGAAUUCCUCCGGAAGUUCCUCCAGGAAUUCCUCCGGAAGUUCCUCCAGGAAUUCCUCCGGAAGUUCCUCCAGGAAUUCCUCCGGAAGUUCCUCCAGGAAUUCCUCCGGAAGUUCCUCCAGGAAUUCCUCC